GUUCUCGAAUGGUAGGUACCGGUAUUGGCCUACCUAAAAAAUAUAUCCUAUGCUCUUCUCCUUUAUUACAUUAGUUAAUGGAGUUCUCAUCAAGAUUGAAAUAUGAGUUUGAAACCUUCUGGCAAAGUAGAAGCGCCCAAGGGUAAAGGAAAACCAGGUCAAGCACAAGAUAAGAGUAUCGGAAUUCUUCUUUUCGUGUUAGAUGGAAUAAUCAUAGUUGCUGCUAUUUUCCUUGUAAUGGGAAGAAAAACAUGCCCGGACCAAAUUGAAAGAAGCAACAGUCAACAAUCAGCAGAUUACGAUUACUCCAGCGUUGGAAACGUUGACCUUCAGAAUUAUGGACACGAAAGUCCGACAUUCAACCGAUUUAAGCCUUCGACUUACGGCAGUUCGAGCUACGGAUCAAGUGGAUCAAGUUAUAGUUCUGGAUGGGGUUUUAUUUCUUCAUUAAUCGGUGGCAGUCCAUGGCCCGGAGAUUUUGGGUCAUCGUCAGGAUCAAGUUAUGGAUCUCCAACGACCAGUUAUGAAUCAACAUAUGGUUCAGCUUACAGUCCUGGUUCGUCUAUAUCUAGUUCAGGAUCAGCAUAUGCAUCCAGUCAUACACCAGGAUCAUCAUACUAUUCGUCUGGAUCGCCAUACGAAUCGAGUUUUGGAUACGGUUCGUCAAGUUCCGGUUCUGGGUCGUAUUAUGAAUCAAGUUCAGGAUAUGGUUCGACUACCAGUUACGGGUCGUCAUAUGGAUCAAAUUAUGGUUCAGGGUCGUCAUCUUCUAGUUCUGGAUCACCGUAUGGGUCAAGUUAUGGUUCGGGGUCCUCAUCUUCCGGUUCUGCGUCACCUUAUGAAUCAAGUUAUGGUUCGGGGUCAACAUAUUCCGGUUCUGAGUCACUUUAUGGAUCAAGUUAUGGUUCGGGGUCAUCAUCUUCCGGUUCUGGAUCAUCUUAUGGGUCAAGUUAUGGUCCGAGUUCAUCAACUUCCGGUUCUGGGUCACCUUAUGGAUCAAAUUAUGGUUCAGGGUCAUCGUCUUCCAGUUCUGGAUCAUCUUAUGGGGCAAAUUAUGGUCCUGGUUCAUCAACUUCCGGUUCUGGGCCACCUUAUGGUUCUGGGUCAUCGUCUUCCAGUUCUGGAACAUCUUAUGGAUCCAGUUAUGUUUCAGGGUCAUCAUCAUCAGGAUCUGGGUCAAAUUAUGUUUCAGGGUCAUCAUCAUCAUCAGGAUCUGGGUCAACUUAUGUUUCGGGGUCAUCAUCUCCAGGAUCUGGGUCGAAUUAUGGGUCAACUUAUGUUUCAGGGUCAUCAUCUUCAGGAUCUGGGUCGUAUUAUGGAUCCAGUUAUGGUUCAGGAUCAUCAACUUCUGGUUCAGGGUCGUAUUAUGGAUCCAGUUAUGGUCCAGGGUCAUCUUAUGGAUCGAGUUAUGGUUCGGGGUCAUCGACAAACAAGCCAUCUGUUUAUGGCUCGGGAUCUACAACAGGCGCGUCACUAUCUGGUUCUGGGUCGUCGCUUGAAUCAAUUUCUGUAAACAAGCCUUCUGGUUCCGGAUCUCCCAGUAUCAGUUCAUCAUGGAACAAUAUACCAGCAUCGCCAGACGAGGAAGUGGCACCAAGUCCAAUCGCGGCGAUAAACGCAGGCAAUGCUAUCACAACGGAAGAACAGGGAACUCCGAUUUCCGAUGCAAAUUAUCCAUUUAAAGAUCUCGUCGACAUGAUACCUGAGGAUACAAUUGUCAACACCAACUUUAAAUGCGGGGUUCCAAAAUUCAAACCAAAUUUAAAAGUCGGACGAAUCGUGGGUGGAGGAGAAGCAGUGAAACAUAGUUGGCCAUGGGUAGUAGCUCUAAUGACGUAUCGUAUAUAUGCUGGUAAAGAAAUCUACUCAAGCUCAUGUGGAGCAACAAUUGUUUCACCAAAACAUAUCAUAUCAGCAUUACAUUGCUUCAACGACAAGUUACGUGAAGAUGAUGAGGAAAAAAUCAAGGGUGACCCCGAUAAAUAUAUUAGAUUGUUUAUUGGAAAACACGAUCAAAAUCAUAUCCUAGGAGAAAAAUAUGAGAUUGCAAAAGUACGUUGGCAUCCAAAAGGAGUUACAGAACCAUACAUCAUUUACGAUCUAGUGAUAAUAACAACAAAGACAGAAAUCAAGUUUUCUGAUAAAGUACAACCAGCAUGCCUUCCGAAAUACCAAGCGGAAAGAGAGCACGAGUCGUGGUGUUGGGCUGUCGGAUGGGGAAGCACUAAGGGCACAGGUUCAAAAGAUGAACUGAAACAAGUUAGACUUCAAAUAGGAAAUGCGGAAGCGUGCUCGCAUAUUUUGAACUAUGAAGAGUCCUUUUUAAAAAAGGAAAUAGCUGUUUGUGCUGGAAAAAUCAAAGGACGUGAUACUUGUCAAGGCGACAGUGGAGGACCUCUCACAUGCGACGAUAACGGCAAGGCAACUUUGUACGGAGCUACAAGUUGGGGUUUCGGUUGCGCAAAAGGCAUAUACGGAGUUUAUGCGUCAGUCUCUUUUGCACUUGAGUGGAUUUGUUGCUUCAUGGCGAAUAUUCCGGGUUGCCGAGGUGUCAGCUGUAAUCCCAACCCAGAAUAACUCACGUAUAUAUAUAUAUAUAUAUAGAUUUCAGUAACAAAUCUGGUGAAAUAAAAUUAUAUUUACUGACUGGUAAA